CCUCCUGAAAUGUAUAUAAGGAGAAGGGCUCUGCCUCAGAGGAGGUAAAGGAGAUCUCCUUCUUCCACUCCCUGCUCCUCCUGCUCUUCUGCAUCGCCGUUACUGUUCCGCCUCCCGUCUCCUCCAGCCACCAUGAGUCGACAGUGCUACACCUCCAGCUCUCUCCUGGGAAGAAGGGGCUUUUCCUCUGCAUCCGCCGUCUGCGGCCUCGGCAGGGCCAACAGCAGCACGGCCUCCGUGUGCCAGCCGGUGGGACGGCGCUGCGGGAUCGGGGGCUUCAGCAGCCGCAGCGUCUGCGACCUGGGCAGAGGCCAAAGGAUUUCCUUUGGUGGGAGCUGCCGCAGCGGGGUCUACGGUGGCGCCGGCGUCGGACGUUGCAACGUCGCUUACGGCGGAGGCCGCUUUGGCAUGGGCACGGUCGUGGGGUUUGGUAACUGCGGAAGCUACGGGGGCCUGGGCAGCUACAGAGGUCUCGGGGACGGCGUGGCCGUGGGAGGCUACGGCAGCGGCAUCGGCAUCGGCAUCGGCGGAGGGAGAUCGGAAGGGAUUCGGGGCGUCAGCAUCCACCCGGAGCUCCUCAAGCCCCUGUGCGUGGGGGUCGACCCCGAGGAGUGCCAAGUGCGGACCCAUGAGAAAGAGCAGAUCAAGAACCUCAACAACCAGUUCGCCUGCUUCAUCGACAAGGUCCGGCUCCUGGAGCAGCAGAACAAGGUGCUGACCACCAAGUGGGAGCUGCUGCAGCAGUAUGUGCUGCCGGCUUCCAGGAGGAACCUGGAGCCCGUGUUCGAGAACUUCAUCAGCAACCUGAGGAAGCAGCUGGAGUGCGUGCUGGGGGAGCGGGAGAGGCUGGAAAACGAGGAGCGCUGUCUCCGGGACCUGGUUCAAGAGUUCAAGUGCAAAUAUGAAGAUGAGAUCAACAAGCGCACGGCUGCGGAGAAUGAGUUUGUGGUCCUCAAGAAGGAUGUGGACUGUCUCUACCUGACCAAGGAGGAGCUGGAGGUGAGAGUGGGUCUCCUGCGGCAGCAACUGGAGUUCCUGAAGUGCAUCUAUGCCGAGGAGAGAGCUCAGCUGGAUUGCCAACUGUGUGACACCUCUGUCAUCGUGCAAAUGGACAACAGCCGGGACCUGGACAUGGAAGGCAUCAUCAAGAGUGUUGAGUGCUGCUAUGAGGAGAUCGCCCAGAAGAGCAAGGCUGAAGUGGAGGCUUUCUACCAAACCAGACUGGAGGAGCUCCACAGCAGCAGAGGCAAGUUCUGUGACGACCUGAGGAACAACCAGAGCGAGAUAGCUGAGCUGAACCGGAUGAUCCAGAAGCUGCAGUGCGAGUCGGACAACGUGAAGAAACAGAUUGCAGCUCUGCAGACGGCCAUCUGUGAUGCUGAGCAGCGGGGUGACUGCGCCCUCAAAGAUGCCCGGCAGAAGCUGAUUGACCUGCAGACUGCACUGCAGCAAGCCAAGGACAAGAUGGCAUGCUUGCUGAGAGACUACCAGGAGCUGCUGAACGUCAAGCUGGCCCUGGACAUUGAGAUUGCCACUUACAGGACACUGCUGGAAGGAGAGGAGAGCAGGAUAUGCACCGGCAACCCUGUGAGCGUAGCCGUGGUCAGCGGUGGUGGCACCGUCGGCGAGUGUCGAUCCCUAUCUGGAAUCGGAGGCAAAUGCACUGUGAAGGCAGGGGGGGCCGGGCCGGGGUUAGGGGUGGUCUCCUCGUUCGGCGUCACCGGUGCCGGCUUUAGCACCCGGAGCGUGGAUUGUCUGCCCAGGGUAGGGGCUGGCUUUGGGGCCAGGAGCGUGGUCAGCUGCGUGGGGCGAGAGGUGAUCCCCGGUGCUGAAGGGGUGCAGUGUGCCACCGGCAUGGGCAACCUGGGGAACGUGGUGUGCACCAGCGUGGAGCAGUGCAGCCCGGGAGCCGUCAUCAUUCCAGGGGCAGGGGUGUGCGGCGCCGGGAACAGGUACAGCACAGCCAUGCGUGUGGUCAGAACAACCCGGUAGAGGCCGGAGGGUAACUACACAUUGUGUUUUAAAUUAGUCAGCAUUUCUGCGAUAAGACAGUAUUCCCCUUCCUCCUGACAGCUGUAGGGAUCACACAACCAUGCGCUGCCCGUGCACACACCAUUAGGAUAGGCGCUCUGCCAAAAACCCUUUGCAUGAUCAAAACCCACCUUCUCUUGCAUCUCCUUCUCGGAGGGAAAACUCAUCCCCAUGGUCUCAGCCAG